UGCGGUGCAUAAAGACCAAGAUUGGAAGAAUUCUCUCUACACUUCCAGCAUCAGACUCCGAGGUAUACAGCACAACACAGCACUGCCCGCGUCAUCAACGCCGCCAUCAUGUCGCUCCAAACACGCGAAGAAAAUGCCCUUUCUGGGUUUGAAUACUACCAUUACCAUCCCAGUAUCGCAGCUGCGGUCGUCUUCAUCCUGCUCUUCCUCGCAACAACCUCGCUCCAUGGCUACCAAAUGUUCCGCACCCGCACCUGGUUCAUGAUUGCCUUCUUCACCGGCGGCUGCUUUGAGUUCAUUGGCUACUGCGGUCGAGCUGCCUCAGCUUCGGAGACCCCCAAUUGGACGUUGGGACCUUACAUCGUUCAGUCGCUCUUCCUGCUCAUCGCGCCCGCCCUCUUCGCUGCAUCGAUUUACAUGGAACUCGCCCGCAUCGUGCUCAUGGUUGAUGGCGACCACCUUCUCUUCAUCCGGCGUACCUGGCUCACGCGGCUCUUCGUCGGCAGCGACUGCUUUUCUUUCCUCAUGCAAGCCAGUGGUGGCGGCCUGAUGGCUGGCGGCAGCAGCAUGAUCAACAUUGGCGAGAAGCUUGUACUUGCUGGUCUGGGACUCCAGGUCGUUUGUUUUGGACUCUUUGUCCUUUCCGGAGUUGUGUUCCAUAUCCGUGCUCACAACAACCCCACGCCGAAGUGCAAGAAGCUGCCAUGGCAGAAGCACCUCUUUUCCAUGUCCAUCGUCAGCAUCCUAAUCUUCAUUCGAUCGAUUGUUCGCAUGGUAGAGUACGGCCAGGGUUUCGAUGGCUACAUUAUCAGCCGCGAGUGGUACCUUUAUGUCUUUGAUGCCUGCAUGAUGUUCCUCGCCAUGGUCACCAUGAACAUCAUCCAUCCCAGCGAAGUCGCCGCUCUCAUUCGUGGCAGUGGCAGAAUGGUCGAGACAGUGAUCAAGACCAAGGACGUCCAGAUCACGCAAUAUGCCCUUGCUACUGGUCCAUGGGCUUGAGCGAUUUACGAACAGCUACGACCACACAGAAUACUAUGAUAGCCCCCGAGACUUCUACAGAUUGAGGAGCAUGAUUUGGCUCCAACAACCCAGCAUGGAGCAUGGAGCAUUGAGCGAUGGCGUUAUGGGAGAAUCGCAUAGAUGAACAGCAGGCGCUUCAUGUGCGGAGUCACACUUGUGAAGUUCUGCGCAUUGAGCUGAAUUUGGAGAAAUUUGGAAAUCGCGGUCAUGGCAAUCGUAGUAGAACUGCCUGGAUUGUGAGGUAUACGGACUCAGCUUUCCACCGACUUCUUAGCAUCAAUUCGGUCCGCAAAG